UGGAAUGGGGUUAUACGUCACCUAACCUGGCAACCCAAGAGUCUGGCCUCAGAGCUGAAAAAGUUGUUGUUGUAGGGGAAAAUGGCGUCAAACGUAGAGUCCCCGGAGCGCUGGUACCUCGCCCUACUCGGGUUUGCGGAGCAUUUUCGAACCUCUAGUCCGCCUAAAAUCCGUCUCUGCGUGCACUGUCUACAGGCCGUUUUUCAGUUUAAGCCUCCGCAGAGGAUCGAGGCCCGAACACAUCUUCAAUUGGGCUCGGUUCUUUAUCAUCACACCAAGAAUAGCGAUCUGGCCCGCAGCCACCUGGAGAAAGCGUGGUUUAUAUCUCAACAGGUCCCGCAGUUUGAAGAUGUCAAAUUUGAAGCUGCCAGCAUAUUGUCAGAACUCUUCUGCCAGCAGAAUUUGGUGGACUCUGCAAAACCCCUACUGCGCAAGGCCAUCCAGAUUUCACAGCAAACACCAUACUGGCACUGCAGAUUGUUGUUCCAGCUGGCGCAACUUCAUACACUAGAGAAAGACUUGGUGUCAGCGUGUGACCUGCUGGGCGUUGGGGCCGAGUAUGCCCGAGUGGUGGGCUCAGAAUAUACCAGGGCAUUGUUUCUCCUUAGUAAAGGAAUGUUGCUGCUAAUGGAGAGGAAACUCGGGGAGGUGCAUCCUCUCCUCACACUGUGUGGAACUAUUGUAGAAAACUGGCAGGGAAACCCAAUCCAAAAGGAGUCCCUUAGGGUCUUCUUCCUGGUCCUACAGGUCACACACUACCUGGAUGCUGGACAGGUCAAGAGUGUGAAGCCAUGCCUGAAGCAGCUGCAGCAGUGCAUCCAGGCUAUCUCAACUCUCCAUGAUGAUGAGAUUCUACCCAGUAACCCUGCUGACCUCUUCCACUGGCUGCCCAAGGAGCACAUGUGUGUCCUCGUGUAUUUGGUGACAGUAAUGCACUCCAUGCAAGCGGGCUAUCUGGAGAAAGCCCAGAAGUACACAGACAAGGCUCUUAUGCAGUUAGAGAAACUAAAAAUGUUGGACUGCAGCCCAAUCUUGUCUACUUUUCAGGUCAUUCUACUGGAGCACAUCAUCAUGUGUAGACUUGUCACAGGCCACAAGGCCACUGCAUUACAAGAGGUAGAUUGUUUUUGUUUACACCGUGUUGGACUGCAGCCCAAUCUUGUCUACUUUUCAGGUCAUUCUACUGGAGCACAUCAUCAUGUGUAG